GUUGAAUUGAACUGCAUAGGCCUUAUUACUUAUCAAUCGUCCGCCAUGGCUCCUGCUCGAAAAGUGAUGACCGCACCCUCUUCGCCCUUUCUUCAGGUUGCGACGCCUCCUGAGAGCCCUCCUCGGGUUGCAUCCUUGUGGAAUGUAGACGAAGACGAUCGGAAGCCAGUACUUGAUGCUGUUAGACAGGCGUUAAUUGACAAGAUGCCUGUUCCUCCACCCUUUGAUAUGAACCGGCAGGCACGAUGUUCGGAGGCCGCUCCGGGCUCUACUAUUCGUUCUUCCAACGUUAUGCCGCCCAAUGCUCCACGGACUCCUCACCUGGGGAGUGUGGCAAUGAAUGACGCGAAAGAGCCUAUUGGCUUGAUGGUCCCUUCUCCCAAUGACCGAAGGGCGUACGCCAACUGGACCAGCGCAGCCGCGGACCAUCGUUUCUGAGACGGUGCCCAAACCAAUAUCAUUCCAGGCAGUGCCUCUGAGCCGGUGACAAUGGGCCAACUGAAAGAGUUGUUCAUGACCUUGCUUGAGUUGAAGUCGCAACCACCAGCACCAUCGGUGCUUGUCCGGAGGAUAUAGAGGGUGCAGCUGCUCAGCCGGCUGCUGAGGGACCUGGAGCCAGAUUCAAAAGGGUCAUGGAAAUGUACGCGUUCUUGGAC